UCUUACACACUAUAUAUAUUCAGUUUUUGUUCGGUUAAAUUGUUUUAGUUCUUAUUCAAUGUUGUCAGAAGCAUAUUGAUCGCUUGAUCUGUGUGAAUUUCUUUGAAUCGAUCGUGUUGAAAUUUGGAAUUAUAUUUCGAUAAUAAAUGUUAUAAAAAUGAAGCCGGAAUUAUAUUUGGAUAGACGUAGCCCACCAGUUCGAAGUGUUUUAAUGCUUAUUCAAGCGCUUGGAAUUGAAGUUGAAGAAAAAAUCAUUGAUUUAUCGAAAGGCGAACAUUUCGGUGAAAGUUUUUUAAAGAUAAAUUCAUGCCACACGGUUCCAACGUUUAGAGACUCGAAAAUAACGCUGACCGAUAGUCAUUGUAUUUUGAUAUAUCUAUGUGAGAACUAUGGAAAAGGGAACAAUUUGUUAUGGCCAUCGGAUCCAUAUCAACGUAUUCAAGUUCUUAGCAAACUUUUUUAUUCUGGAACUUUGUUGUUUCGUCGGGAUAGCGAUGCAAUUGGCCAAAUAAUCAUCAACAAACUGAAAAAGGAACAAGUUGAAGAGCAUGCGGUUAAAUUUCGUGAGCAGUUUGACAUUUUGGAAAAUUUCUUAACUGAAAAUGAAUUCAUUGCAUGUGACACAAUGACAAUCGCCGAUUUUUCUGUAGUUACUAUUGUUUCAACAAUGGAUAUGAUUGUUCCAGUUGUGGUGGAAAGUUGGCCGAAACUCCAUAAUUGGUGGUUCAAUCAUAUGAAAAAAUUGCCAUUCUAUGAAAAAGUCAAUCAAGACGGCUUGAACGCUCUCAAAGAAUGGGCAAAACAAAGUACUGAUUUUAAAAUCAACAUGUAAAAAGAUCUUAAUCUAUAUGUCCGUAGGGGACAUAAGCUUGAUCCAAUUUAAUAAGAUUAUAAGAAUAUAUAAUUUUCUUUUCUUUUUUUUUUCAUCAUUAUUUUAAAACUUUUUACACACAAAUUAAAUUCGAUCAAUAAAAAUGACAGUUGAAUAGUUGGUUAUUUAGUUAUUAUGUGAACGACACCCAAAGAAACGAAAAUUACAAUGGCACACAUACAA